AUGGAUAAAGACCUGAAAAAUGAACCGACAUCUCAAGGGUGGAAGACGGAGCAAGAGAAGCUUCCUGCUCCGAGACAGCAGUGGGACUCAGUGGAGUCGGACACAGAGAGCCUGGCCCAGGAGAGAGCUUACCAGCAGCAGAUACACAUGGAUCUGAUCCGCCACCACCAAAACAAAUACACACUGCCUCAAAAGAAAAAGGAUGACAGCUUACAGCCGGGAUAUCAGGAGGGUGAAGAUGCAAGUGAUGAUGAAGCUCUAGGUCUUCAAGUUGUUGAUAGUCUUGACGUAGCAGCAAAGCACCGUGCCAAAAGGAGCCCUACCCUGACACAGACUGAGUAUUUGGACACGCAACCGAAUGAAAGAGGAGGAACAAGCCAGCAGCCCACCCAGGAUUCCUAUUCUGACCUACGCUAUGACCCCAACUGGAGGACCAACCUGAGGGGAGCCGGCCGCUUCGAUGACAGUCCACAUAUUUCUGUUGAGGAAUAUUAUCAAGCUCCUAAAGAGAAAUCCAGUCAGCCAUGUUGUGACAGACAAGGACUUGUAAUGAAAGGAGGAUACAGAUACAUCGUCAACUCAUGUCCAGCUGUUGCAGUGACUCCUCAUCUGGCUUGUGAUGAGUCUGAGCCGUACUGCCUACACCCACAAAACGCUCAGACUGGCUCAGCUACACCUCCCCACCAUGAGCUACAACCUCCAUCACCUGAGGCGGACCAUUCAAAGCCACCCUGUGGCAAAAAUACACUGAAAGGAUUCAGAAGGAAAAGUGUAAAUAGUUGUGACAAUGCAGGGGAAAAUAGAACAACUCAAAUACAGCAAAUUAGCACUUCCAAAUAUCCAAAGGUUUCAUUGAACAAAAAGCUAGAAAGUCUUGCAGAGGACAUCGUGGAACGCAACAAAAUGACCCUGGGGCGCAACAGCUCCAAACGUGGCUCCUAUGUGAGUGUUCAUGCACUUAAGCAGGAGAGGCCUCAUAAAGUCAAUAAGGUUUGUAUAAUCCCAUCAAUAAUGUCUGCUAAUGGUAAAAAUUACGGAAUGACAUUCACCCAGAUCAGUGAAGAAAAGAAAACCCAGCGGGAAGAAUACCCCAACCGUCAGCAGCGGCAGCAGCAGCAGCCCCCCCCUGCCCCGGGGGUCACAGCUGAGUGGGGGGACUGUCUGAGCUCAACACUGGCCACACCAGCCUCUGUAACUCAGCCAAAUCCUCAGAAGACAUCUUCCUCACAGCCUCUGCUGCCCAGCAUCCACCUGAACAUCCACCUGAACACUUCCCAUCUCCAUCCUUUUAUCCAGCGGGGUGGCCAGGAUGACAUCAUCAAUUUGACACCUCCUCACUGGAGCCCCCCAUCUGAAGUUGAACUUGCCUUUUUCCCUGGAUGUCAACAAACGAAUCACCACCGAAUCCUGAAGAGUAGUCCUGAACAAUGGCAAAGGACAACUGCAUUAAAGUGGCCCCUAUCCUGUGAAGGGGAGCACCACAAGUGUCCAACUGAGACCCACACUAAGCCGUUUCCACAAAACCUCCCCGGGACCCCCAGCACCACUCUGUCCCCAGGCUCAGGCCUCGCAGUGCUGCCCCCUAUAAGAGAGUGGAUGACAGGGAGAGAGCCUGAGCCGAGCCCCGAGGACACAGAGUCUCACACUGACGGAUACAGGAAGCUCAGGACCAGAGCAACGUACAAGGCAUACAGUCUUAAAGACUACAAGCAGCUGAAGUCAGAUAUACAUCUGCGAGGCCUGGGCCCUGACUACACAGCAGCUGAACAGACUGCUGAGAAAAUGAAACGACAGAAGCUGUAUUCAAAUGUGAUCCGUGAGCAGAACAAAAACAUAAGUAGGAUCCCCUUUCUACUGGCCAAGGACCCGGAAGGCAGCGACAAGAAAGUUCCCAGGAUGAAGGCCUUGGAAUAUGCCAAGACCAUAGCCAAACCUGUGGCGUCUCAAACCCCCAAACAGAGAGAGCAGCGGUCCGAGGGCUCCACUGAGCGCGCUCCGUACCUGGAGGGCCUGGACCACCCCCCCACCGGAACACUGGAAGUCCUUAGACAGCGGCAUGAAGAAGAAAAGCAGGCUGUGGCACUCUUCAGGAGGGUUCAUGCUGUCUGAAGCAAGGAGGCCGUCUAUUUGAUAUGAGACCUUAUAUCUACACACUAUGAUAUUUGCAUUCAUUUACUAGGGCUAGUUUCAAAUCUAUAUUAACUACCAGAAACAUAUUGGCACGUUUUUCAAAAUAUUUAUCAAAAGAUAGAUAAAUAUCAUUUCUGAAAAGAUUGGCCGCCUUAGCUAGCUUCUGUGUUGCUCUCAGUACUGGGUAUACCAUGUCUGAUUUGACAAGAAAUGCAUUGUAUGACUUAUUGGUGUUUGUUUUAACCAUAGAUGCUAGAAUGUAGUUCUACAAUGGUAAUU